GCAAAAAUUAAUAGAUAAGCUAAAUUUUUAAUAAAUACAAAACUUUUGAAAUAUUUAAUCUAUCUACUUACAAAUAAAAAAUGGGUGGUUGUUGCAAUAGACAGAGAUUAGAAGAGUAUCAAGCAGAUAAAUUUUAAAUAUAAUUUCCUAGUAUUAUUGACAGUAAUGAUUCAAUAAUUAUGGACAUAAUAAAAUAGGCUCAAGAAUAGUUUUCGAUGAUUGAUAUUGAAUUUUAGUGUCGAAAUGAAAAUAGUCUUACUUUUACUGGGUUUAACAAACAAAUUCUUUAGAAAGUAGUUUUAAAAGUUAUGCCUUUUUAAGAUGUUGAUUAAAAACAAAUAAAUGAAUCAUCUAAUUAAAUACAAAAAAUAUUUUAAAACAAAUAACCCUAUUUAGUGUAAAUAUUCUCUUGUACUAUUUUAGAAAAUGAUCAUGGUAAAUUCUAUGCAAUUUAAUUAGAGUUCUGCCAAGAUACACUUGGAUUUAUAAUUGAUAGUACUAAAAUGCUAAACAACUACAAGCAUUAAAAAUUAUAGUAUGCAGUUUAAUUGUUAGAUGCUUUGAAUACGCUACAUCAAAAUUAAAUAUAGUAUGGAAACUUAGAUAUAACUAAAGUAUUUCUUAAGAAUAAUAGCAUUAAAUUAGGUUACUUAGGUUUUAUUCCUUAAGACUUAAAUUCUAAUUUUUUGAUAAGUGUGGAAAGUUAACUAAGUUUAUCCAAAUCACAUAGAUCGCAUUAGGAUGAUUUAAUUAGUGUGGCAUUGAUAUUUAUUAUUAUUGAUAAUCCUUAGUUCUACUUACAAAGCUUUAUAGAUAAUGAGGAUUAAUUGUAUUCAUCUUUGAUUAAAGGGAAAAUUCCUAAAAAGCUCAAACAUGAGUAUAACUGCUUUUUAUGUGAAAUAGUUUAAGACAUUAUAGAUACUACAAUAAACUAGAGAAAGACUGUAGCAGAUUAUAUUUCAGAGUUUGCCAAUCAUUUUAUUAGUGAAAAUAUAUAGCUACCACAAAUUUAUUCAAAAUAUAGUUUAAAAAAUAAGACUAUAAAAUUGAGCAAGCAUAUUGAGGAAAUAGAAUAAAAAGAUGAUUAUAAAUAUGAAUUUUAAUUAAAUGAAAAGGAAUCAGAUUUAACUCUGCAAUAAAAUAGAACCAUCAAUGCUUUUUUACUAAACGAUCUAGCAAAAGCCAUUUCUAAAUGUUAUCCCUUAUAUAAUCUUAGUCUUUUUCUUAACUUCAAUCCAAAUAUAAACGACUAUUUCCUCUAUAAUUUAGUAAGAGCUAUCAAGUUAUCACAAAAGCUUACAAACCUAUAUUUAGGGUUAGGGCAAUCAAAUAUUACAUUGAGAGGAUUCAAGUUACUAGCUAAAUCAAUUCUGUCAAUUAAUUAGUUAUAAAGUAUCACUCUCAUUUUAACAAAUAACAACAACGUAGAAGAUUAGAGUUUCUUUCAACUAUCACUUGCUUUACAAAACUAACAAGAACUCAAUACACUUUUUUUAGAUUUUAAUUAUAAUUAGAAAUGCACUGAAACUGGAAUCUCAGAACUGUUUGUUUGCUUAGGAAAAAUAAAAAGCCUAAGAAAUAUUAACUUUGGAUUUUAGAAGUCUUAAAACUUAAAUACUUAGUGCGUAAUAAACCUUGGCUAAUCAAUUUAAUAAAUAAAUGAGUUAGAGACUUUAAAAUUGAACUUCAGAGAAACAAAAAAUAUUGCCGAAAAAGGAUUUUAGGUGCUAUUUUCCUCUCUGACAUGUUUUUCUUCUAUAACAAGUUUAGAGUUUGACUUUAAUUAAAGUUCAGCAAAUAUAGAAAAUAAAAGCUUAGAAUUGCUAAGUUAAUCUAUAUAAAAAUAAGAAAAACUAGAGCAUAUAGAAUUUGAUUUUAAUAAUUAAAUAUAAUGGUAAGACAUGAGUGUAAUUAAAUCAAUCAUAAGCACUAAGCAAUUAGUUGCUUUUAAACUUUUACUUAGUAAAAGUAAAAAUAUCAUUAAUGAAAUAAUAAUAUAAUUAGGAGAGUAUUUGUCUUAAAAUAUUCAUCUGAACCAAUUAGAAUUAGAUUUUGACUGCUCAGAAAUAAAUGAAUCAUCUUUGAAUACAUUUUUCAAAUUCAUUAAGAAAAAUACUUUUCUUGAUAAAUUCUUUAUUAGAUUUAAAUGCAGUGAAAAUUUAGGUGACGAAGCUUUAUAAAUAAUGGCAUCAACCAUUAAAAAACUUAAGAGAAUUGAAUCUAUUUCUGUUAGCUUUGAGUUUAGUGAAAAUAUUUCAGAUGCUUCAUUUGAUGAUUUUCUUUAAAGUUUAAAAUCGCAAUAACUAAAUGUUUUUUAAAUUAAUCUCAGAAACUCCAAAUAAUUGUCAGACGAAUCCUUAAAAAAUCUAAUUGGGUUUAUCUAACUUAAAUAAAGUCUAGAAUAAAUUAGUAUAAUUUUAGAAAGUUCAAAGUUUACGGAAUAGAUGGUACAACAUUUAAUAUUAAAUUUAAAGGCUAUCAAAAAAGAUAAAAAAUUUAAUAUCUAUUUAAAUUCUAUCAAAUAUCAAAAUUUAAUUUUAAGCAGGCUAUAAGGAUAUGAAGAAUUUACAUUCUUAAGUGAAUUUUGAAAAAUUAUUGUUGAUUUAUUUUAUUUUUUUGUACAUAUUUAUUAUAAUAAAAAUAUUAUUAAAAUUUAUCAAAUUGUCAACGAACCGAACUUAGCUCAGUUGGAAGAGCAUCGGACUGUAAAGUUUGUAGUCAUCCGGUGGUCCCCGGUUCGAACCCGGGAGUUCGGAUUUUUUAUAUAUUUAAUUAAUUACUUAGUUUGAUAAUUUAUUCAUUUUAUUCUGUUUUAAAUAUUCACUCACUAUCUAUCAUAAAAAAACAUAUAAAUAA